UCCGCUGUCAAAGUAAAUUCGUGCGCUUGAACGUCCAAGUGUAGAGCCACACUGAGUAAAGGCGAAUUGCGCAAUCUCUUAGUGAGGACUGGCGAGUCAUUUCGUGCGAGUGUACCGAUAGACUUUAUUGUUGUUUUUCAACAAGUGGUUUGUCAGGGAGCUCGCCCCUUGUUUCAAAUGGUCCCGCAACACGACGGGUGCUAAGAUCCAUGGAAGUGGCCGGUUUUUACGAGGGGGAUUACCUUGAUUUCCACGGCGGUAACAGCGCUCACUGUCAGAGAAUCAAAAGCCUUGACAAGCAGCACGCCAACGGUUCGAUGACGGAGCUGGGCAUCGCAGAACACGAAAAAGCGAUUGACUUUAGCAUCUACCUAGACCCAACUUUUCAUUACCAGCAACAGGCAACUCCAGCUGAGCCCGUGGGCCAAUCUCGCGGUGAGGAUAUCUUCUCAGAAUUCCUUGCUGAAGAAAGCAAGACUAAACGGACCGCCACCGCCACUCAAAACUACAGAAACCUCGUGACAUACAACAAUCAAGGAUCCAGUCAAAACUGUGAACCUAGGGAAUCGGGCAUCCUUGACUACCCCGAACUGCAAGAAACCCGAGUUGACACAGUGUUUAGCUCACACAUACUCUGCGGCUACCCAAAGAACGGGUUAACAGAAGAACUGAAAGAAGACGCCAGAAUGGACGGCGGUUCUUCGGGCUACGGAAUGUCGUAUCUGCAAUAUAAGUCUGCCCCAAGUGACAGUCUUGGGAACAUUUCUACCGCUUCCUCCUGCAGUUCACCUGGGACACCUGGCCCGCCAGGUCGAAGCAGGUCGCCACUGCAUGGAACGACACCAUACGGCAGCAAGGGGAAGAAACAUGUGGACAGAAACAGCGACGAAUAUAAACAGCGGCGCGAGAGGAAUAACGUCGCUGUGAGAAAGAGCAGGGACAAAGCCAAAAUACGCAACCUCGAGACGCAACAUAAAGUACUGGAGCUGGCAGCGGAGAAUGAACGCUUGCAAAAACGCGUGGAGCAGCUGUCAAGAGAACUGGCCACCCUGCGAAACUUGCUCGCUGCUACAGGACAAUGCUGACCAGAAUCGCCUCGUGUAGGCUAGAAUAUGGUACUUCUGGAACCUUGAACUCAGGCUGGGACUGUUUCACAGGUUCAUUGUUCUUUUAAUUUUUUUUUCUGAGGUGUAGCCUACUGGCUACGUUUACCUUAAUAUCUUAAAAGGAGCAAAUUAAUUGUAUUAUUGAUUAACAGUGUAUGGACAAUAGUCUUAGCAACUCAUCGUGCAUGGAUUUCAUCGCAAUAUUUGUUGACAUGCCACUGUGCCCCAUAAUGUUUUUAUUUUUAUUUUUUAUAAUCUGUUUUAAUAUAUAACCUGAAAUAUUGUUUACGGUUAAGUUUUUCCUACAUUAUCUGUUAUUUAAAUGAUUUUUUUUCAAGCGUGGAAAUUUAUACUGCACGUGUAUGAUGCAAUCUGAUGUAACAGUAUUGGCAAUGCAGUGAAAUAAUCUAUUCAGGAUGUAUGUGCACACGUUUUUGAACAGAAAAUCCAAAAUGCUUUAAUUAAAAUAAUUUCUACUUUGUUA